GGCCGCCAGAACCCAGGCUUUCGCUUUCCGUCGGAGGCGCCGGAGGCAGCGGGGCGCGGAGAGGAGGCGCGAGGGCCCAAGGGCGCGACAGCCAGGGACGGCCGGACCCGCCCGCGCUCCCGCCGCCGCACGCAUGGCGCCCGCCGCCCUCUGGGCCACGCUGGCCGUCGGACUGCAGCUCUGGGCCGCGGGGCGCGCCGUGCCCGCCCAGGUUGCAUUACUCCCCUACGUUCCGGAGCCUGGAAGCUCAUGCCAAGUGACAGAAUACUUCGAUGAGAGGACCCAGAUGUGCUGUAGCAAGUGUCAGCCUGGCUACCAUGCACAGUCGUUGUGCACCGAGACCUCAAAUACUGUGUGUGCCCGCUGCGAGGACAGCACCUACACCAAGCUCUGGAACUGGGUGAACGAGUGCUUGAGCUGUGACUCCCGCUGCACCUCUGACCAAGUGGAGACUCAGGCCUGCACUCCGGAACAGAACCGCGUCUGCACCUGCAGGCCGGGCUGGUACUGCACGUUGAAGAGGCAGAAAGGGUGUCGGCUGUGUGCACCCCUGCACAGGUGCCGCCCGGGCUUCGGCGUGGCCAGGCCAGGAACUGCAACGUCAAAUGUGGUGUGCGCUCCCUGUGGCCCAGGGACGUUCUCCGACACAACGUCGUCCACAGAUGCCUGCAGGCCCCACCGGAUCUGUGGCUCAGUGGCCAUCCCUGGCAAUGCAACCAUGGAUGCCGUCUGCACAUCUGUGCCUCCUACCCUGAGGAUGGCCCCACGCCCAGCCCCCACGUCCCAGCCAGCGUCUACAGUAUCCCAGCAAGUGGAGCCGACUCCAGGCCCUCGCACGGCCCCUAGCACCUCCCUUCUGUUCGUGAUGGUCCCAACCCCCCCAGCUGAAGGGCUCAGCACGGGCGACAUCUCUCUCCUCAUUGGACUGAUUGUGGCUGUGACAACCUUGGGUCUGGUGAUCAUAGGGCUGGUGAAAUGUGUCAUUAUGACCCAGAAAAAAAAGAAGCCCUUCUGUCUACAAGGAGAAGCCAAAGUGCCUCACCUGCCUGCUGACAAGGCCCGAAGUGCCCCCGGCCCCGAGCAGCAGCACCUGCUGACCACAGCGCCCAGCUCCAGCAGCAGCUCCCUGGAGAGCUCAGGCAGCACCGCAGACGGGAGGGCGCCCACCGGGACCCGGCUGCCCGCACCAGGCACGGAGAAGGCCGCCGGGUCUGGGGAGGCCUGGGCCAGCUCCAGCAACUCAGAGCCUUCCUCUGGCAGCCACGGGACCCAGGUCAACGUCACAUGCAUCGUGAAUGUGUGCAGCGUCUCCGACCAUGGCUCUCAGUGCGCCUCCCAGGCCAGCUACACGAUGGGGGACGUGGAUGCCAGCUCCUCCGGCUCCCCAGAUGACGAGCAGGUCCCCUUCUCCAAGGAAGAAUGCCCUUUUCAGUCUCAGCCAGGGGCCCCGGAGACUCUGCUGGAGAUCCCAGAGGAGAAGCCCCUGCCCCUUGGUGUGCCUGAUGCUGGGAUGAAGCCCAGUUAGCCAGACUGGCUGGCAUGAGUUGUGUCACGGCCGAGGUGGCUGUUCCCUGGUCCUUCUGGGCCCCCACCCCCCAGGACUCUGGCUCUUUCUGGGCCAAAUUCCUUUAGUGGCCUUUGCAGUCUCAGCCUUCCUCUCACCUGCUGGCAGAAGGGUGAGGCAGGGAGAAUCGUGGAAAACCCGUCCUGCACGGUGUGCUUCCUUCUAGAAGGCUGGCUGACAUGCACGUGCUGGGCAGCCUGGGGCCGGCGCCUGCCUCUCUGAGAGCUGUCCUCCAGCUGGCCCUGUGAAUUGGGCUUCUGGAGCCCUUAUUUUGUUUUUUAUCCUUGGACGCUUCCCAGCUCUGGCUUCCUGGGAGGCCCCAGCAUCCCGGGGAAGAGGGACUCUGUGUGAGUCAUCCACGGAGAAGGGGCAGUGCUUUAGCCAGAAAUGCUGAGACUGCAGGGUGCUCCCAGCGGGGGCGGGGAGGGGGAUGUCAUCGAUCAGAUGGUUCUAUUCAGGAGGGGGCGGCCACCCCUGAUGGGGACAGGGGUCCCCCAGUUACCUUGCACCACCUCCAAAUCUAUUCCUGCCAGCUUCACCUCUUGAACAAUGGUGUGAAAAUGAGACACCCUGAGGGCCCAGCCCAGCAACCUGCACGAGUAUUGUAGCUUGGACAAGAUGGCAGACCUCUAACCGAAACAUGGGGCAAUUAAAAAGCAAAACAAAACCCCACCACGCAUGCAAACAAGCCAAGGAAACGACAAAGCCGAACUCGAGAGUUUGCUGUUCUCUGCUUUUGACCUUCACUCCCGAUUUACCUAUAGCUCCGGUGCAAGGCCACACCUCCUAUCAGGGAAUUUCAGGAACCGGAGAUGACUGAGGCUCCCCGCAGCCAUCUCUCUCCUCCUACCUCAGCCUGGACCUUCCUCUGCCUCCCUGGGAGGUACUUUUCGUCCCCUUACCCCCUUCACUGUUCCUGGAGUCCCAGGCCCCAGGGAAACCCACGGGGCCACUUGGGUAUUGUGCCUGCCAUGAUCUCAAGUGGAUGUGAGAUGCUGAGAGCCAGUUUUGUGUGUGUAUGUGUCUGUCUGUCUGUGUCAUGUGCUGUUGGUCUGUGUAACCAUGUUGUUGGGUUGAAUGUCCUGCCUGAAGCAGCUCAAACCAACAAUUUUGUCAAAGGAUUCUUUUCCAUUAAAAAGUCAGUCCGCUUCCCCCAGACACAUGCCCCAGAGCCCCGCAGAGCGUGGACAUGUGUGGCCUUGACUGGAUUCUGGAAGGAAGACGGGACUCCUGGAGAAGCCAGUUGGGGCCCAGGGACUCGGAUCCCUUGUUGAAAAAUUCCACUGGACUUGAACUUGGCAGCUGAACUUUUGGAAGGUAGGAGAGUCCAGUCAUUACCAUCAAGAGAAAGUAACAGCUUCCCAGAAAAUCCGGAUUCCCCUAGAGUCAGGAUAUUCUACUGCCUGGACCGGCCAGGGUCUCUGCCCACAUUGGACGCCAUGUGGCAAUGGAGCGUGUCUGCCCCCUGGUGGACCAUCCUGGGAGGGCCUCAGGCCUCACUGCCAUUUCCUGGGGAAGCUCUGAAUUGGAAGGAGACCUCUCUGCAUGUGACCUCAGUUCCCAGGCUUGUGUGGAUCCCAAGACAAGAGUUUGCACCGUAUACUGGACAGCGUUCCUGCUUGGAAAUAAACCUUUUGUUUGUUA